AUUUCUGUAACCUCUUUUUUCAGUGAGGAGGCAAUAUGAUAUUAGCCAACGUUAGCUAAAUUGCUAUGCUGCUAACCCUAGCAGCUACCAGCAACUCAGGAAGCCCAAUGCGAACCAGAUGGCUAGCUUUAAGUAAUCAUAGCUCGCUAGCUAGCAAACAGCUGACAUUCUGCAGCGAGAUUUGAUGCUGCAGACUACUGUCCUUUGCAACAGAAAAUAUACUGUAAUUGCAGCUUGUUAGCUACCAUUUGGUAGCUGCCCUGUUACUUUAACAAGUUAUCUGUGAACGUGCGUGGUUGUCUCCCUAAGUCAACAAUAAUUUAACUUUAGUGGCUAAACAUCUAGCUAGCCAAGGAACUAUCCUUAUUUAACUUAAAACGUAUGAACUAUCAAACUAGCUGACUUCUUGUGUUGUGUUUUGAAGUUAGCUUGCUAACAGCUAUCUGCGUUAGCUAAUGUUGCCGAAGUGGACAUGCGAUUGUAUUAAUAGUUAGCAAAGUCAGCUAUUAGCUACGAUUGACGCGUUAACUGGCCUGUAACGUUAAGCCAGUUGCGAGUUGCAAGUGGGUGAACGUCAACUUGCUUAGCUUAAAAUCUAAACAAUGUCCGUGUUGCUGGCUUGAGUAACUAGCAAAACUUAAAGGCCGAUAUUUCUCUUGUCAUUACUUUUCUCACACUGUUUUAACAACAGUUAACGGUACCACUGACUAGAGUUGGCUAAUUAGCUUAACGUUUUCUUAGUUAAACCACUUAUUGGCACAUGCAGUUAGUGAUGACAUCUGAAAAAUGUCUGCAGUCCCUUGUUUAUUUAGUUCUAUCUCGUUACUUUGAAUAACUGUGACAGCUAGUACAGAGAGAAUGUGAAGUCAUUGCUGUCUUUGGUCCCUUUGCCCUUGUAGCUAGCUGGUUAGCAAGUAACGUUAAUAAAUAUUCCAUAGCUAGCUGUUUUUUCCUUGAAUCAGCCAGGUCUCUUAUAUUAUGUUGUUGAGCUGUUUCAACUUGUGAACUUUUAUCUUCGCCAUAGCAAGAGUAUUAGUUGGUGCAAAUAAAACGUAGAGUGGAUAUUCUGUGAUCAUAUGCAGUUGUACAUUGUGGAUCAUGGAAAGGUUCCUGAUUUCUACACUUGACCGAGUACUGAGACCACACCGUAAUUGACAACCUAUUCUGGUUGUCACCGUACAACCAUCUGGUGAGUUGUAACAUACAGUGCCUGAAAUAUCCAUAUAUCAUAUGGCAUGUGGUCAUAAACUAGCCAACAUUAUAUUAUGAUGGGUAUUUUUGGUAUCCCUUGUUAUCUCUUCUCAUAAGAUGAACUGAUGACGAGUUGAAAAUGGCGGAUCUUUCGAAAUCCAACCCCGGCCUGAAAUAGAAACGCAGUGAGCUAGCCACUCUUGCAGUGUUAUUCUAGUACCGUUUGAAAUCGAUGCGUAUUUUAAUAACAACUGUUUCUUGAAUUGACCCACGCAAUCAUUCUCAAGGUUCUGUCAAAAGAGUAUCGGACUGGCAGUUUUAUUCGGUAACGUGUACAGGCUGUGGUAUUUGGCAUGGCUUACUCUUGAGUGACAAAAUGGACGUGGUGCCUCCUGAGCUAAACAGCCUGCUCCCAGAUGAGAUCAUGGACACCGAGGCCAUCGUCACUGACGAUGACCUUCCUGCUGUCUGCCCUGCUCCACCCAACGCCCUGGAGAGGCAGGACACUCCUGUUCCCAUGGAGACGGAGGUGCCGGAGAUAGUGACUCUGUGCACAGCAGCACCAUCUAUUCCCGUGCAGAGAACUCAGGCCAUGACCACCCUUACCAGCACGGACUCUACCCCCUCGAGCGGGAGCAUGGGCACCCAGCUCCUCCUCACCCCCUCCAGCUCCGCCAUGACUCUCCAACCCAGCAGCCCACAGGUCACUGGGAGUCUACAGAGGCUGUCCACUUCUCUUGCCCUCCCUGCCAAUCACCAACUCAUCCUCAACAAGGUGGCGGCCUCCCCCGGUUCAGAGCUCAAGCCACAGUUGCUGAAGCAAGACGGCCAGAAGCUGGUGGUCACUACUCUCGGAAAGGGUGGCCAGCCAAUUGUUUUGGCGAUGCCCCACUCGGCUGCCAAAGCUGGCACCCUGCUGAGCGCUGGGGAUGGCAAAGGGCAGCCGCAACAGUUUAAGGUGGUGACCAUCGGGGGCCGCACCGACCUGAAGCCAAUGGUCGGGGUCCAAGCGCUGAGCACUGCCAGUCAGCUGAUGGGCACAUCACAGACGGUCCAGCAGGGUCAGCACCCCAAGACUUUACAGAUCACCAAGAAGGUCCCAGUCUCCACCGCUGCCCCCAUGAUCACGAAGUUCAUCAUCACAAAGGCUCUUAACAGCAAAGGCUUAAACAGCCAAACGUCUCUGUCCCCUGUGAUGACAGGGCGUGUUCUGACCCAGAGCACCCCGCUCACACCCCCUCGGACCAUCUCAGUUAUGGAUGCACUCAGUUCCACUCAGAGUGGAUCCAGUAAGAUGGCCAUCUCUCCCCUCAAGUCUCCCAGCAAGCUGACGGUGGUGUCAGUGGCUUCCCCAUCGCCCGCCUCACCUCAGAAGUCUGUGGCUGUUCCCCUCAGCAUGGCUCUGGGCCAGCAGAUCCUCCACAUGCAGCAGCAGUCUACGCCCGCCUCUCCUGCCAAAGCGGGGCUCAGCCACUCCACCACACAGACGGUGAAGCCAGUCCAGACGGUCACAGUGGGUGGGGUGGGGGGACCCCAGUUCAAGACCAUCGUCCCCCUGGCCACCUCUCCCAAUGUGCAGCACAUCCAGGUCCCCGGCAGCCGCUUCCAUUACGUACGCCUGGUGACGGCAUCGAGCGGCAGCCCGCCCGCGCCCACGGGCAGCAGUCCCAGCGUCGCCGCCUCCUUACAGCCAGCCAAACCCAUGGUGGUCAACUCUGCAACCGUCAGGAUGUCUGUUCCCAUUGUUUCUGCUCAAACCAUGAAGCAGGUCGUGCCCAAACCUCUGACGUCGGCCGCCCCCCAGGUGGUGACUAGCCAACAGCAGCGCCUCAUCAUGCCAGCCACGCCCCUCCCGCAGCUCCAGCCCCUGCCCCCCGGAACCUUACUCGCCCCCGCCCCUGGGUCGGGGAACAUGGGAUACGCCGUUCUCUCCGCGCCAUAUGUCACACAGCUUCAGCAGUCGACGAUAGUGACACUGGCCAGCAGCUCUGGAUUUUCCAGCCCAACCUGUGUACAGACACAAGCCAGACUGCCUCUUAAUGGUCUGUCUGACUUUCCCUCUAGUCUGUCAGCGUCCGAAUCAACAUCAAGACAAAGGAAGCCAUGCAAUUGUACAAAAUCACAGUGUCUGAAACUUUAUUGCGACUGCUUUGCCAAUGGGGAGUUUUGCAGCAACUGUAACUGCACCAACUGCUUUAACAACCUGGAGCACGAGUCUGAGCGAUUAAAAGCUAUCAAGGCGUGUCUGGAUCGGAACCCAGAAGCCUUCAAGCCCAAAAUUGGCAAAGGCAAGGAGGGCGAGUCGGACCGCAGACACAGCAAGGGCUGCAACUGCAAGCGCUCGGGCUGUCUGAAGAACUACUGCGAGUGUUACGAGGCCAAGAUCAUGUGCUCGUCCAUCUGUAAAUGUGUGGGCUGCAAAAACUUUGAGGAGAGUCCUGAGAGGAAGACUCUGAUGCACCUGGCUGACGCAGCCGAGGUCAGAGUGCAGCAGCAGACAGCGGCCAAGACCAAGCUCUCGUCACAGAUCUCAGACCUGCUAACGCGCACCACUCCGGCCAUAUCCAGUGGUGGGGGAAAGCAACCUUACACGUUUGUCACGAAGGAAGUAGCAGAAGCCACGGUCGAGUGUCUGAUGGAGCAGGCGGAGCAAGCAGAACUGUCCAAUCAGUCGCAGGCGAUGGCCGAGCGGGUCAUCCUGGAGGAGUUUGGCCGCUGUCUCAAGAGAAUCAUUAACUAUGCCGGUAAAGCCAAGACGGACUGCUGCUAGACAGCCGGCACUAGCUACCACCAGCUGACCACCUGACCAGCCACGGUCACAUCCUCCCAAACCAACCCAACCACACUUAUCUGUCCAGCACAAAAGCUGGAAGACCUCCUCAACCCCCUAGCAUUGGCAGGGAUACCCCACCUGCCUGGUUGACUGGUAGGAAGGAAUGUCCCUUUGCCAAUCAGGCGAUGGGUCAGCCACAGGAGAGACGAGGCUGUGGAGCUUCAGCUUCUUUGUGGAGGCUCCGGUUGCCUCAAGCCCUGGGAGAGGUCAGCUGGAGGGGAAGACCAGAGACCUAAUGUCCCCUUACCAGCGCAGUCUCUUCCAGCAUAUUGUUGUUGAGGAGAGCGCUGUGGAAAGAAAUGGGAAAUGCUUGGACAGAAAUGGCAUUCAAAGCAGGAAUGAUAUUUUGUGGGCUCCCGCAGAGUAGUAUUGCACAGUAUGCUUUUUUGGGAUGUGUUUAGAGUGUUUAUAUUUCCUUUUGAAGUAGGUUUUUAAUAUCUUAAUUUCAAUGAUUUAUUUUUCAUUACAGUUUUUUUUUUUUGUAUCCAUCAUGGAAAUUGCUGAUCUUUUGGUGCAACCGGUUUCAGAUGUCUCUGAAAUGCUCAUUUUCAACUAAUUGCUUCACCUAGAAGGCUUAGCUGAGGCGUCUGCAUAUUCAGCAUUCAGCUCAUUCUCCAAUCAUGACUUCUGUUCAGCAGGUAGCCUUUACUGUAGCCUAUAAUUAAAGAGAUGCUUCUUUUUGUAUUUAUUUUAAUCUUGAGGUUGGGGAUUGAGCCAACCAGAAGUGGGUGGAAAGUUACUUCGGUAAUUAUCACUGAGCUACCUUGUGUGUCACACAAGUGUGUGUGUGGGUGAUAUCAUCAGAGUGGUCCAGAGUUUGGCUGCAGCUACCACGGGCAGUCACAUAUUUGGAACAUAAGUGUUGGCCCGUUCUAAAUUCCUAUUCAGAAUUAUGCUAGACAUAGCUUAAUAUUCGUAUUCCUAGUUUUUUGGUUUGUUUUUGCGCUGUGCUAUUAACUGGUAAAUUAUGGACAUUUUUGACCUUAAAUUUUAAAACAUUUUCAUAAAGAUGUACAGACUUUUUUGAAAUAUAGAAUUGUUACUAAAUUAUCAAGAACUGUCAAGGGAAAUUGACUAAUAAAGUGUAAUUUCAAAUAAACUAGGCCACAGGCACUAUAAGAUCAGAAAGUAUUAAUAAUCUGUUUUAAAAAGCUAUUAAAGGAAAACCCCACUUUUUUUUCCAUGCAUCACAUCUCUUCGGGUCCUGAUCGACUAUCUUGACCAACCGAUUCAUACAAAUGGAGCAGCUAUUUAAAAUGGGCUAACACAGUCUGUCAAACACACAAGUAGAUGUGAGGAGGUGUGCAGUCAUUACAUGGGUCUCCAUUAUAAUAUUUGUAAUGGUCGUUCCAAAACCCUGCUUGUCCCCAAAACCAGGAUUUCCUGUUCUACAGCCACAUGCAUGAAAGGCUGCCAGUCUAAACAUGAUGUCCAAUACCUCAUGACAUUUCUGUUGCUGUAGUUAAUGUGUUCAUGUUGGGUGGAUUAUGAAGUCAGUAACAAAACAUAAUGCACAGGAGAACCAGAAGUCAUUUGGUCCAUGUUAAACGUGUCUGGGUUGCAGUGCCUUUCUCUGUUAAUUAGGAAAUUACUGGUUGCAAAAGAAAAUGUUUUGGAUUGAACAAGGAGGUUUUAGCAGUGUAUUCAGGGUCUUAGCAGGUUGUAAAAAUGAGGUGUACAAAUUUUAAGUUUGGGAUCAGUUUUUAUUCCCCCCCAUCUGAUUUACAUUGCAUGCAUCUUGGAGUGUGGUUUGAACUGUCAAUGAAUGAUUUAUACUUUUUUUUUUUUUUUGGCUCCUUGUGUUGAGACAGAUCCCCGCAUUCUCCACCCCGAUGUGAACAGUAUGCCUUAGCCACCACCUAUUACUCAGGGCUUUGUUGAGUUUCUUAAGCUUUUAGGCAUUUCCCUGCACUGACUGUAACUCGCAUGAGUUUGGGCAUCAGAUGUAGUUUUACUAUGCAUUUGCAAACAAAUUCAAAGGAGACCUGCCUUGCAAUGCCUACCCAUUGAUUGUGUUUUCCCAUCUCUGUUAUCCCAAGCACUCCAGACGUCAUAAGGAUCAUUUUCACUGUUCUUAAACCAGCAAGGACUGCUAGAGUCAGCCCAAAUAGUUUCAAUCAAUUUUUAAAAAUGAUUUUCAGCUGUCUGCAUGCAAAAAUGACUGUGUCCCAGAGUGUGCCCCCGUGUGGUGGGAUUGUUUGCGAGGGCUGCCAACCGACACAAAGCACAAUCAAGUCCCACGCUCAACUCUCACCCCCUGACCAUAUCUGGAAAUGGAUCUCCAGUCAGGUCUGCAGAUGCUGUGCCCUAUUAUCAAAACCAAACAGAGGACAUUGGAGCGUGAAAGUCAGCCUUUUUCAGGAGAAACGGCUUCUUUCAGCUGAUUCAACCAUGUGGUCUCGUUCAAAUGCAGAAGUACAGAGCUUCAUUGUACUCUCCUCAAACACUUCCUGUACUACAAGAUCCUUACCGAAAUAUAAUUGUAAUUUUACUCUGCCACACCGGUGUACAGAAGACUUCACACAACAGCUCACUAGGAUUCAGAAUCUGUGGAUUGUAUAUGUUGGUGUGAAAUUGCCUGUAUUUCUGUUAACAUAAAUUUAUCCCACCCUUUGCUUUUCCCCCCCUUUUUUUUUCGUGUAAAUGUGUACUUUUUUUUUUCCCUGCCCUGUCUUUAUGUGUUUAAUUUAUCUCGUUUAUACUCACUGUUAUAACACCCAAGUAUUGCAGAUAAUUAAAAUUCAUUGGAAUUAUUUGCAAAUGUAACAAUUAUUAAUUAGCAAAGAAUAUGUGAUGGUGAUCUGUGAGCAGUAUGUUGUACACAAAUUACAAGCAAAUUAAAUUUAUACAGUUCUUUAAAAAAUG